AUGGGAAACGGUGCUGAUAAUCAGUACAACCUCUACCAUGCGCUUUCGCCUGCGCAGGGCUGCACGACGCCCCUGCCGCAGCCGAUCAAGGUCGUCGGGUGCGGGAGUAGCGGCGUCGAUUACCUAGCUUCAGUCGCGGCCUACCCCAAACCAGACCAGAAGUUGCGCACAGAGACGCUGGAGACCCAGGGCGGCGGCAACUGCGCCAACGCGCUGACAGCUACGGCCCGCCUGGGACUCUCCCCCACGAUCAUAACAAAGAUCGGGGGCGACGGCCUGGGUGAUGGCAUCAUUUCAGAGCUGGAGGCUGAUGGGGUCGACACCUCCCUGGUGCUGCGCGCCAAGGGCAGCCCCUCCCCUUUCACGUACAUUAUAGUGGACCGCUCCGGCGGCACCCGGACGUGCAUCCACACGCCCGGCGAGCCCAUGACGCCCUCGGACAUGAGCGACGCCCUCAUCGCGGCGGCCCUCAGUGGCGCCGCCCUCGUGUACUUCGACGGCCGCCUGACGGAGGCCGCGCUGCUGCUGGCGCGCGCGGCGCGGGCGAGGGGCGUGCCCGUGCUGGUUGAGGGGGAGCGGCUGCGGCCGGGGCUGGAGGCGCUGCUGGCUGAGGCGGACUACGUCGUGACUUCCGCGCACUUCCCCCAGGAGUGGACCGGGGAGGCCACAAUCGGCGAUGCCAUGGUGGCGCUAGCGCAGCGCCUGCCCCGCGCGCGCGUCAUCAUCACGACCCGCGGGACCAAGGGCAGCGUGCUGCUGCGGCGUGCGGGCAGUGGCGAGCAGCCCUCUGGUCCUCCACGCCCAUUGGAUGACAUCAUUGCUGACCUGGAGGCCGAGUCCCUGAGCACCCACAGAGGACAGGGCAACGGCAGCGCAGACUGUAUCUCUUUAAAUGGCAUAGCCUUGUCGGGUGGCGACGUGGCGUCCACGAAGGGUGUCGAGGCGCUGAUGUUUUGGGGAGGUAGGGAUGAGGGGUCGGCGAAGCAGCGGGCAGCAGCAGCUGCGGAGGCAGAGGCGGCACGCAACGCGGGCGGCGGCGCUGCAGCAGGCUAUCAGGCCACAGCGGUGGGCGCACCAGGUGCAGAUGCCGUGUUGGCACAGGUGUUUGUGUCCCCCGCUGCCGGCCUGCCCAGCGACUUGGUGGUGGACACCACCGGCGCUGGCGACUCGUUCAUAGGGUCUGUCAUCUACGGGCUGGUGACGGGCAUGGCUGUGGACCGGCUGAUGCGGCUGGGGGCAGUGGUUGCUGCCUGCAAGUGUACCGCCCUUGGGGCGCGCCAGGGGCUGCCGCGGCGGCAGCAACUGACGGCGGAGCUUUUGGGGGCGCAGCGCUGA